AGAACGAGAGGAUGGGUUGAGAGAGGUGAUGAAUGGGAUGAUUGGAGAGAUCAGACACUACACAGACAGACGGCUGGAGAAAAAGGGAGGCGUUCGAUGGAGCAAAGACUGGCCGUGAUUUGACAUUUAAAAUCCCUGUCUGAUGAAUAAAAUCAACGAAUUGCCUAUUUUUCUUAUUUGAACUUAAUUCAGCAUAGCAUUUCAUAGUCGGCCUUAUUUGACCAGGCGUUGAAGAUGCCGGUAGCUGGUUUGGUCUGACUAGAGGAGACGAUGGAGCCAUGAGAAUGUACCAAGUCUUUCCGCGAAAACAGAUGGGAGAUGAAACCUAUUCGACAUAAAAAUGUAUAUUUUUCCCUGUAGCUAAAAUGAGUUUAUUAUUGCUGCAGAUGUAUGCGUUUUGAUAAACUGUAGUAGGAUAGCUGCUAGAGGAAUUUUGAUGGCACUUACGACGCCAGGGAUUGAGCAACGAGUAACGUUACAUUUCGGAACGUUGAACAGUCGGGCCUUUCAAAGUGAGAAGCAAGAAUGAAUGUUAAGCAUUUUUCUCGCCCGAGGAUAACUGCGGUGCACGCAGCUGGUCACAUUUUGAGAGCGGUGUCAUCUUUGGAGAGUAGCGAAAUGCAAGUCAACGGAGAGGAGCGCCGUGCGGAGCUGUAAUAGUAAAUCCCAAAUCCGUCUAGAACCAAGUGGAUGUUUUAAGCAUUUUUUUCCGCAGACGAGAAGAUGGUGUGCUGCCAAUAUCAAUGCAAGCGGUCCCUAUUUUCCCUGCCUUUUUAAGUGUAAAAGGAGCUCGCGCUACUUUGGAAUUAAGAACCGUCAGUCACGUAUGCGCGCCUCAGUAGCCAACGUUAGCUUAGCUGCUAUAUCCUCCGUGCUUUAGCUUCCCAUUGAGCAGGAUUCAAGAGUGCGUUUAAUUUCGCUAACGUCAACACCGAUGUUUUCGGUCGUCAUGAAUCCACCGACACGUUUGCUUGGGUGAACUUUGAACCAACACCCCAUAGCGUAGAACAGACUAGCAAGACAUGUCGGCGUGAAGGGAACCACACUGACUGUCUCGAAUCUCCUGUCAAGCCACAGACGUCAACAGCGCUGUGAAGAGCUGCUUAUUGGAGAGGGGAAAAAAACACAUUACGGAGAUUGUUCACUCCGCCUUUUGGAGCUCUGCGCCCACGGACUGAAACCCUUCCCUUCGAUUUAACAACCAAGCAAAAUGGGAGAGCAGCCUAUCUUCAGUACGAGGGCCCAUGUCUUCCAGAUCGACCCCACCACCAAGAAGAACUGGGUUCCCACCAGUAAACACGCCGUCACAGUCUCCUACUUCUACGACAGCACGCGCAACGUCUACCGCAUCAUCAGCCUCGACGGCUCCAAGGCAAUCAUCAACAGCACCAUCACCCCCAACAUGACCUUCACCAAGACCUCCCAGAAGUUUGGCCAGUGGGCCGACAGCCGAGCCAACACCGUCUACGGUCUAGGCUUCUCCUCAGAGAACAACCUGCUCAAGUUUGCAGAGAAGUUUGCUGAGUUUAAAGAGGCAGCUCGGUUAGCCAAGGAGAAAUCCCAGGAGAAGAUGGAACUCACCAGCACCCCUUCUCAGGAGUCAGCCACCGGCGACCUGCAGUCACCUUUGACCCCGGAGAGCAUCAACGGCACUGAUGACGAGAGGGGCACCACCCCCGAAACGCCGCAGUACCUCCCCGAGCCCCGUGCCGAGCCGUCACAGAACCAACUGCCCUUCUCUCACAGUUCGUCCAGUAUUAACAAGCACUGGGAGGCCGAGCUGGCAGCCCUGAAGGGCAACAAUGCCAAGCUGACAGCAGCUCUGCUGGAGUCCACAGCCAAUGUCAAACAGUGGAAACAACAACUGGCUGCUUACCAGGAGGAGGCUGAGAGACUACAUACACGUGUGACAGAGCUGGAGUGUGUGAGUGGUCAGAUGACCGUCAUCAAAUCCCAGAAGACUGAGCUCAACCAGACGAUAGAAGAACUGGAGUCGGCAUUAAAGUCCAAGGAGGAGGAACUGGAGAGGCUGAAAGAGGAAGUGGAGAGCGCCAAUGAGUUCCAGACUCAAAAGGAAUCACUAACACAGAAACUGCAGGAGACGGAGGAGAGGAACCAGACGUUGGAAGCUCAGCUGGUGGAGUUAGAGCAGCGUCUGGAGGGCAGUCAGCUGGAGAGAGAGGCCUUCAAGAAGAGUCUGCGCACCCUGCUGGAGCUGCUGGAUGGGAAGAUCUUUGAGCUGACAGAGCUCCGAGACAGCCUGGCCAGACUCAUUGAGGGCAGCAGCAGCUAGAGGAGAGAAGUGCCACUACAGAGCCCCCUGGUGGAGCUUCAGUACUCCUACACCAUCACCACCAUUAUAACAACACAGUGACGGGAGAAUAUUGCUAGUCAGUGCACAAAGGCACUGCACGAAAAUAUUCACUCUGUUAUUAUUACACAUAUAGUCAUUAUGCUCCACUCUACUGAAAACGUGCACAUUGGUAGUAAAUAGAUAGACUUGCUCGCUUGGAUUUAGUUUUGGCUAAUGUUCACAACGUGCAUAAUGCUGGUACACCUGAAUACUGUAUGCACAUACACUCACUCACUUCACAGAGGUCCUUUUGAGGCUUUGCUUACACCCUGCCUUCCCUGCCUUCCAUCUCUUCUUCUCCCUCCCUGUGGAAUGUUAUUUACGCUCUGACUACAAACUGCUCAAAUAUUUACAGUGCAUUCAGAAAGUAUUCAGACCCCUUGAUUUUUUUCCACAUUUUGUUACGUUACAACCUUAUUCGCCAUCAAUCUACACGCAAUACCCCAUAAUGACAAAGCAAAAACAGGUUUUUGAAUAUCACAAUUACGUAAGUAUUCAGACCCUUUCUCAGUACUUUGUUGAAGCACCUUCAAAUCGGGUAUGACGCUACAAGCUUGGCACACCUGUAUUUGGGGAGUUUCUCCCAUUAUUCUCUGCAGAUCCUCUCAAGCUCUGUCAGGUUGGAUGGGGAGUGUCACUACACAGCUAUUUUCAGGUCUCCAGAGAUGUUCGAGCCCAGGUUCAAGUCUAGGCUCUGGCUGGACCACUCAAGGACAUUCAGAGACUUGUCCCGAAACAACUCCUGUGUUUUCUUGGCUGUGUGCUUAGGGCCGUUGUCCUGUUGGAAGAUGAACCUUCGGCCCAGUCUGAGGUUCUGAGCGCUCUUGAGCAGGUUUUCAUCAAGGGUCUCUCUGUACUUUGCUCCAUUCAUCUUUCUUUCGAUCCUGACUAGUCUCCCAGUACCUGCCGCUGAAAAACAUCCUCACAGCGUGAUGACACCACCAUGCUUCACUGUAGGGAUGGUGCCAGGUUUCCUCCAGACGUGACACUUGGCAUUCAGGCCAAAGAGUUCAAUCUGGGUUUCAUCAGACCAGAUAAUUUUGUUUUUCAUGGUCUGAGUCUCCUUUAGGUGCCUUUUGGCAAACUUCAAGUGCGCUGUCAUGUGCUUUUACUGAGGAGAGACUUCUGUCUGGCAACUCUACCAUAAAGGCCUGAUUGGUGGAGUGCUGCAGAGACUGUUGUCCUUCUAGAAAGUUCUCCCAUCUCCACAGGCACUGUGGAGCUCUGUCAGAGUGACCAUCGGGUUCUCCCUGACCAAGGCCCUCCUCCCCUGAUUGCUCAGUUUGGCAGGGCGGCCAGCUCUAGGAAGAGUCUUGGGGACCUUCAAUGCAGCAGACAUUUUGUGGUACCCUUUCCCAGAUCUGUGCCUCGACACAAUCCUGUCUCGGAGCUCGACGGACAAUUCCUUUGACCCCAUGGCUUGGUUUUUGCUCUGACAUGCACUGUCAACCGUGGGACCUUAUAUAGACAGGUGUGCGCCUUUCCAAAUCAUGUCCAAUCAAUUGAAUUUACCACAGGUGGACUCCAAGUUGUAGAAACAUCCAUUGAUGUUCAAUGGAAACAGGAUGCACCUGAGGUCAAUUUUGAGUCUCAUAGCAAAGGAUCUGAAUACGUAUGUAAAUUCAGUUUUUUAUAUUUAAUACAUUUGCAAAAUUUGUCAAUCUUUUUUUCGCUUUGUUAUUAUGGGUUAUUGUGUGUAGAUUGAUGAGGAACAUUAUUUUUUAUAUAAUCCAUUUUAGAAUAAGGCUGUAACGUAACAACAUGUGGAAAAAGCCAAGGGGUCUGAAUACUUUCCGAAUGCACUGUAUUUUCAACAACAACAAAAAAUUGCGGAGUCUGGCUAGCAUUCCAUAGGAGAUGAUGUUGAAUAUGGUCGGUUAUUUUGCUUCAGGGUUUUCUCCCAUCACAGACUUUGAACAGGUAAAAGGAAAUGCUCAUUUUCUACAUUUUAUUUGGUGCAAAGUUCAGUUCAGUCAUCCAGAGUCGCUCGCUGGUGGAUGUUUUGCUAUUAUUGUUUACUCUUCGCUGUCGUCCGCCACACAUUCAGGUCUGUUUUUGAACUAUUCUUAUUCCGUUAUUACUACAGUACUACUAUUGCUCUGUUUACUAUGGAGAUAUCAAUGUCAGCCAAAAGGACAGUCAGAUGAUCAGAUGUCAUGGAAAUGGAGAGUCAGACUCACUGGUCUUUACAGCGUUUCACUGGACUCUGUGGCCGUUCGCUCUGAGGCCCCAUCUGACACUGGACUAGGACUAAGGGUCAGAGGUCAGACAGAUGACCUCCCAGUCACUUUAUUAAACGCUCCCAAUGUCCUCCCUCCUAUCACAAUGUUACCAUGGAGAUGGAAGAAGAAUCUGGCAUAUUGUCUGAGAUUGAGAACAGAUCUUGGACAACCUUCUAUACUAAAUGAGCAAUACAAAGAGGGAGCAUCCAGAAGAAAAAUAAACAUGUUGAAGUCUCACUUUCAGGUAUUUUCCUCUUCUUCUGGGAAAUGUAAGGAGAGACAACGCUACUCCAAGCCCAGUCGCUGGGGUUUGGCUCAGCAGCGACCGCUACUCCAAGCCCAGACGCUGGGGUUUGGCUCAGCAGCGACCGCUACUCCAAGCCCAGACGCUGGGGUUUGGCUCAGCAGCGACCGCUACUCCAAGCCCAGACGCUGGGGUUUGGCUCAGCAGCGACCGCUACUCCAAGCCCAGACGCUGGGGUUUGGCUCAGCAGCGACCGCUACUCCAAGCCCAGACGCUGGGGUUUGGCUCAGCAGCGACCGCUACUCCAAGCCCAGACGCUGGGGUUUGGCUCAGCAGCGACCGCUACUCCAAGCCCAGACGCUGGGGUUUGGCUCAGCAGCGACCGCUACUCCAAGCCCAGACGCUGGGGUUUGGCUCAGCAGCGACCGCUACUCCAAGCCCAGACGCUGGGGUUUGGCUCAGCAGCGACCGCUACUCCAAGCCCAGACGCUGGGGUUUGGCUCAGCAGCGACCGCUACUCCAAGCCCAGACGCUGGGGUAUGGCUCAGCAGCGACCGCUACUCCAAGCCCAGACGCUGGGGUUUGGCUCAGCAGCGACCGCUACUCCAAGCCCAGACGCUGGGGUUUGGCUCAGCAGCGACCGCUACUCCAAGCCCAGACGCUGGGGUUUGGCUCAGCAGCGACCGCUACUCCAAGCCCAGACGCUGGGGUUUGGCUCAGCAGCGACCGCUACUCCAAGCCCAGACGCUGGGGUUAGGCUCAGCAGCGACCGCUACUCCAAGCCCAGACGCUGGGGUUUGGCUCAGCAGCGACCGCUACUCCAAGCCCAGACGCUGGGGUAUGGCUCAGCAGCGACCGCUACUCCAAGCCCAGACGCUGGGGUUUGGCUCAGCAGCGACUACAAAAGGCUUUCCUUUCUAUAAACUUUUUUAUUACAAAUACUAAUAUAACAUUUAUAGUGCUCUUGUGAAAAUGGAAUUGUAUGUUUGGGUGAAUCCAAAACAAUGCUUUCUUUUCCCUCCCCUGGUUUCUGUUGCGACUUGGAAGUGCAAUGAUUGAUUGGUUCAUGGUGAUUUCCCUUUAUUUAUUAUUCCAGAUAUAUUAUAACCACAGAUUUUAAUGAGAAUUGUAUCAAACAAAGAUGUUUGUCACUUACUCUUUUUUUUUAAUGUCUUAUGUGGGGAAAGGUUGUUUUUUUUAGGUAUGAGAAAAAAAGACUGGCAAUAUGUUUGAACUAUUUAAAAAGCUAAUGGAUUUAUAGUAAUUUGUGCAGGUGAGGUUUGCAGAGACUUUCUUUCCUUUUGCCAAAAUAUUUUCCUGUACAGAAUGUGAAUUUUGUUGACGUUGCCUUUGGUACAAAUAUGGAUCAAUGGUAACUAACUACGGUACUUUUGUGGGGUUUACUAUUGCCAAAAAUCUGUGAUAAUGUAUAAAAAAUGAUAACUAUAUGUAUACGUGAAGAACAUUAUUUAAAGGUCAACUUUGGGCACGAAAAGUGGUCAGACACCGCCCCUUUCUCAAACAGAAAUGGGGUGUGCCUUUGGUGGUUCGUUGAUGUAUCGUGCGCUGCGACCGAUUUUGGUUUUGGAUGGAAGCUGUAGAGAUUGGUAAGAAAUGGCACUUCUUUAGCCAAAUAUCUUAUUCAUCUAAUUUUUUAAGCAUUGACCUGGUAUGAUGGCGCAUUGAUCAGUUAUACAGUUUAAAGACAUUAUUUUUCAGUUUUUGCCCAACGUCGACCUUUAAGGGCUUGUUGUUGGUUCUAGUAUCUUUGGGAGACUUAAAUGGGGUGUCUGGGUGAGUUGGCUUUAUAGCGUUUCAUUUCUGAUCUGUACUUCUACAGUUUGAUAGGGGAGAAACGUUUUGAGUAAUAAUUUAAAUGUUGAUUAUGCCACAUGCUUAAACACAAUUGUAAUUUUCAGUUUAUAGUAAAAUAAAAACAAUUUAAACAAA